AUGCCGCUGUUAGAAAAAUUGAAGGAAAGGCGGGCAAAAUUGACCAAUGAGAUAGCAAAUAGACUCAUGAACAGCGUAGCUUGCCCGGCCUUGCUGUAUUUUCACUGCAAAUAUUCCAAGAUGGAUGACUCGAUUGUACAAGAAGGGCAGAGUGGUACGAGUCAGGUGAACGAAAACGCUCAAAUUCUUACGGACAAGAACGAUUUGGAAUCGAAAAUUAAAGAUCUAUUCGGCGAGGAAGUUUUAAAUGCUUUCAAACGUGAACAAGUUGUCAAUGAGAUGGCUAUUUCAGACCUCUUGGAAAGGAAAGCGGAUGCCACAAUCUUUCAAAGACUUUCCUUGUGUUACGGUAAAGCGGUCAUUUUCAAGAAGGAGUUUAGUUUUCUCAAAAGACAAAAGGCAUCUUUUGGCGCCAAAACGUCCCCUUCUCCUCCGCCAAAACCGACUAUGGCCGACUUACAACAGCUGAAUCCAGAAAUGAAGCACUUAUAUCUUACAAAACGUAAAAAAAUAGGGGUAUUAGCAGCAAACAAAUGGACUGAAUUUCCAAAGUUUAACUCGCCUGAGGCCAAAGCUGAACUAGAUGCAUUUGCCGAAAACAUAGAGAAAGAAUGUGGCAUAAAAGAGAUCAAUUUUGGAAAGGAAGGAAUAAAGAAGCACAUACAGAGUUUUUGCAAUGAACAACGUAGAUACAACAAAAAACGAAAACGUCCAUCUUAUGAUGAUGAUUAUAAGAUUCCAAGUUCCCAGGCCAUAAAAAAAGAGAUGCAAAGCAACCAUAGCUCAUCAGAUCUAGAGGAAAGCUCAGUAGAUCUAGACAGAGAGGGGGAACAGGAUGAACAUUUAGAACAGGAUGGAAGUAGUGCUGGAGACACAGAGAUUUUGAGUGAUGAUGAGAUGGAAGGAAGCCAGUGCCCUAUAAGCCCCAAAAUUCCAAAACCCAGCACUAGCACUUCAAGCCCAGAAGAUGCGAAAGCAGGUGAUCAAGUUGAAGCUCUACCAUUAAAAAUAAAGAGGGCAGUGAUUAAAUCAGUGUUUGGUAAACAACUCACCAGAGAGGUGUGUGUUGAUGUACUUAAAAAUAAAUUCUUUUUGAAAAGCAAUGCCUUAACAUCUCUUUCACCUAGUCAGGCAAUAGCAGUACUUAUUAGAAAACUUGUAAGUCAAAAAUACGUAGAAUUUAAAACACCACCGUCUCAGAUAACAUCUAUUAAUGAUGUAAACGUGUUAAAGGAAAUUUCACUGAUUUGAGGUAGACACUUAAUUAUACACUUGUCUUUGUUAGGUUCUUUAUAUCUUCUAAAAGCUUAAUUCGUUAUUUGCUUCAAAAUAUUUAGAAAUAGUUUGAGAAAUUUAGCUUGUUUGAAUUGGAUAUGCUGAAGUUGUAGCCACUAGUGAUGUGAGGCAGGCUUAACAGCUUAAAUCUUUAUGUGAUAUUGAUCUAAUAGGUCUGUGCAUGUUGAUAUUAAUUGUUGUGUAACUUCUGAGUAUUGACAUGGGCAAUAUUUGAUGCAAAUGUCAUGUCAUGUGCAAUAAUCUUGGGUAUUUGUAUAGCAUUACAAUCAUCACCCACUUGCACAUCAAAUUAAUAUUGUAUUUAAGUUAACCAAAACAUGGCACUUCUGCUGUUAAUGUUUAUCACGAAUUUAUGUUACAGUAAAUAAAACGUUUUGAAAGUA